AUGCUUGGAAAAUUGUUGUACGAGUGUCUACCACAGUACAAGCAGAAGACGAUUGUCCUCCGCGAAGAGCGCCGCCGCGAGAACAAGGAGGAAGCGAUGUGGAGAGAGCGAGAGCGGAAACAGCAGGCGAUCAUCGCCAAGCGGGAGAAGAAGAGACAGCAAGCUUUAGAAGCUGAGGAAAGAAAACGGAGACAGGCGAUUGAGGACGAGGAAAGACGCAAACAGGAAUUGUACCAGCGCCAACUGGCCCAGCUCCAGAAGCGGUGGCUGCUAGUGGAGGCCAAGGAGCGGAAACGGGCGGAAGAGAUCAGACAGCGGUUAGGGUAUAAGGAGCUGAGGCGACUGCUCGAGCGACGCACGCGCGAUGAGAUGAUCGACCAGGGCCACCGCGUGGGCAGCGGCAUCAGCCGCCUGGGCUCGUACCGUCUCCAGGCGACGAGAUGA